GAACUAGGUCGAGGGGGAACUGAGCGAGUAUUUUUUGCUGUCAACGAUUUUCUCUCUGCCUCUCGCUCUCUCUCUCUCUCUCUCUCUCUCUUUCUCUCUCUGUGCUGCGCUAACUGCCGGUGCGGAAGAGAUCAGGCCACCGCCCUUGUACAUCAACAGUAUUUACUCUUGAGCUGCCGUAUUCUCCGCCGGAUGUGUUAGGAUUUCUGGUUCAAGAGGAAAACAUAGAGAAGAUGUCUGCUCGGCCCCAAGUCACCAUCACUUUGGGCCAGACCGGUCAGGUUGUCAAAAGAACAACAACCACAGUUGAUGUCAGCAGCUCUGGCUAUUAUCCAUCAUCAGAGGGAAAGCGGUCUCUUAGAGAAAGGUUGGGAAAUAAUACAGAAAGCCAUCAUGAAAAUCAGUUUAGCAAAAGGCAACGAACGAAUAAUUAUAAUCCAAGUAACAAUCACAUGGUUGAUGAAAGGCACCGCAUGUCCAACGGCCGAGUUAGUCGGAAUGACCUGAGACACAAGCUCAUGAGCAAAGGUCUAUCCCGGGGUAAAAGUGGUUCUGAAGAACAAAUUGGUGUCGAUCUUCGUGAGAAACUUUCUCGUAACUCUCGAAUCCUAUUGAGAAAAGAAUCAAAUCAAAAUUUGCCUGAAUCAAGGAUCUCCAGCCUUUCAAGGAGAAUACCUCCUGCAAGAAGUGCUGAUGAUUUACUUCGGCUAGACUCAUCCAGAAAACCCUACCCUUUGACAUCGGAUGGGCAAAGGUGUAGAUCUCCAGAUGGGCUAAUAGGUGCUUAUAGACGCAUUUCCCCACUGAGAUGCUAUGAUGAAGCAUACAAUACUUCACUUAUCAGGCCUUACGGUGAUUCGAGGCCAACAGGUCAUGUUACAAGAAGUUUUGCAGACACUUCAAGACCCGCACCUUUUAUGAGCAAAGCUAUUCCGGUUGAUGCUGCAAAGCCUAUCUUGCGAGCUCCUCCUGAUGCUGCUCAGAAACCUGUUAUUUUGACUGAGGUACCACUUACUGUUGCUAGCUUAUUGCAUUCAUUGGGCCUAGGGAAAUAUGCCAUCCACUUCCAGGCUGAGGAGGUUGACAUGGCAGCACUUAGGCAAAUGGGAGACAAUGACCUGAAAGAGUUGGGGAUACCGAUGGGACCUAGGAAAAAGAUCCUACUAGCCCUGUUGCAGCGCUCGAAACAUCGCCUUCAUUAAGAGAAUAUUUUGGAUGAAGAACCGGUAUUUCGUCUAUAAAUUUAUCAGAAAGCAAAUGUUGUAAAUCUAUUAUCUGUUUUGUCUUUUGAAAAAUGUGCAUUGUUUAAUCAGGCUGGAAUUAUAGAUGCAAAUGCUAUUUCAUCCAAUUUAUUUCAUCUUGAGAAUUUACAUGAGCUAGAGCUGUAUAUUUUUGUUGUUCUGAAUUCCUCCAAUGUAAGAUCGAUGGGCUCUAUCUGAGGGGAAAUAUUUCAAGCUCUGCUUGAUCUGGUGAAUCUUAAAAAGCAAUGUAAUAUAAUUUUUGCAUGCAGAGUA